GUUCCACUUCCGGUCGCUCCCAUAGAGACGAACAGCCUUCGCAGAACAUCCUACUAUCAACAUCCUUCUCUCUCUCCUUCCACUCCUUCUUUCCUACCCCCUCUUCUUCCAUAACCCUCCCUUCACCCUCAGUUUCCGUCAAGCAUAGCCAGGAUGCCUCUCGGAAUUCACAAUCCGUUACCUUCAUCGUUAGGAAGCGAAUGUAGAAAGGCGGGCAAAAUCCUCGCCUCGUUUGUCGAUCCACGACAAGCUUUUGGACCCGAUAAAGUGAUUCCUCCGGAGAUCCUGGCAGGAGCCAAGGGUCUCGCCGUUCUUACUGUCCUGAAAGCUGGAUUUUUGGGCUCAGCUCGAUUCGGUUCUGGUGUCGUUGUCGCUCGACUAGCUGACGGAACCUGGUCUGCUCCGUCGGCCAUUGCCACUGCUGGAGCUGGAUUUGGAGGCCAGAUCGGGUUUGAGUUAACCGACUUCGUGUUCAUUUUGAAUGAUGCCGCUGCCGUUCGGACGUUCUCGCAGGUCGGAACCCUGACGCUAGGUGGAAACGUUUCGAUCGCUGCUGGACCGGUCGGACGAAACGCGGAAGCUGCUGGCGCGGCUAGCACAAAGGGUGUGGCGGCAGUGUUCUCAUACUCCAAGACCAAGGGUCUCUUUGCCGGUGUCAGUCUGGAGGGAAGCAUGCUGGUGGAACGUAAGGAUGCGAACGAGAAGAUGUACAACAGCCGGGUCUCGGCACGCCAGCUCCUCAGCGGAACCAUUCGACCUCCCCCGGGCGCGGACCCUCUCCUGACGGUGUUGAACUCGCGUGCGUUCUAUGGCAAUGCCCGGAAUGGUAGUGACAUGUACAACGACAUCCCCGUUUAUGAUGACAGCCAUGACGAUGUGGUUUGGGAGGGCCGCAGGGGCGAGGCGUAUGGCGAAGGAACGCGGCGCGACCGCACUGGGUUCAGUGGCUCAGGUUCAGAUGACUUCCGCGACCGACCCCGCCGUGCGAAUACGUGGGCGGACGAUAUAUACGAUCGACCUGCUGGAGGGCUGAGCCGUUCGUCGACUACUCGGUACAGCGGUCGCAACGACACUUACGACUCAUUCAACCGCAGCCGGAGCAAUACUACCCCAAUCGAUGAGGACUAUGUAUAUUCUGACCGGAAGCCUAGCCGACCCACAGCUCCGAAACCCGUGUUUGGACAGCGGACUGGGGCAGCUCCUACUCUACGCCAGGACCAGGCCGUAGCACUUUAUACUUUCGAUGCGGACCAGGAAGGUGACCUGGGUUUUAAGAAGGGAGACAUUAUCACCAUCCUCAAGAGGACUGACAAGAAAGAGGACUGGUGGACCGGGCGGAUCGGGGGCCGAGUUGGCAUUUUCCCAAGUAACUAUGUCGAAACUGCUUAGGAGUCGGCGUGUCCUAGUUGGACUCACUCGGAAUGAUAUUUGACGACGCGAGCACCCUUAACGCCAUGUUCCUCCUUCACGAAUGCUUUUUAUGUUCCUCUUCCCGUUUGAUACUCAGCUUCCAUGUCAUCGUUUAAGACUCACCCCCUUUAGUUUUUGUUCCCCAAGAUUCUCUUUGCUUUUUCCUUUCGGCUUUUUGAGUAUAAGCGCCGGAGUUGCCUGUUGGGCCGACCAGCGGAUUCGGGGUGGCUUUUGAA